UGGUAUAGUUGGGGUUUUGGAACUUCGGCAUGAGGUUCAAUCAUAUGGCAUAAUAUAGAUCAUAUUAUGUACUCUUUGGGGUUUUACAUAUUGAAUUCGAGUGUUGUUCUCUUGAAUAUGUGCUUUCCUGAAUUUUUGUUUUUUAUUUUUUUUGCUAAAGGUGUAGACACUUAGCGAGGGCAUAAGUUCUGACAUCUGCACUUUUGCUUUCUCUCGUGAGCAAACUUGCAAACCUACAACUAUGAAUGACAAUAUGUCUGGGCCUCUUGAGCAACCCAUCAAACCUGGUCUUGAAAGGACUGACAUCGAACACUCUGAAGAUGAGAGGAAGACAAGGCUUGGGUCACUUAAGAAGAAGGCAAUUAGUGCCUCAAACAAGUUUAGGAAUUCUUUGACAAAAAGGGGCCGGAGAAAUAGUAGAGUCAUGAACGUUGCGUUUGAGGAUGAGCAUGAUGCAGAGGAAAUAAAGGUGGUGGAUGCAUUACGUCAAGCACUUAUCUUGGACGAACUAUUACCUGCAAAACACGAUGAUUAUCAUAUGAUGCUAAGGUUUUUGAAGGCCAGGAAAUUCGAUAUCGAGAAAACGAAGCAGAUGUGGACUGACAUGAUCAAGUGGAGGAAGGACUUUGGUGCUGAUACAGUCAUGGAGGAGUUUGAUUUCAGGGAAAAAGAUGAGGUCUUGGAAUACUAUCCACAAGGACAUCACGGGGUUGAUAAAGAAGGGCGUCCGGUUUAUAUUGAGAGACUUGGCAAAGUUGAUCCGAACAAGCUUAUGCAAGUCACGACAAUGGAGCGCUACAUAAAGUACCACGUAUCGGAGUUUGAGAGAACCUUUGCUGUCAAAUUCCCAGCCUGUUCAAUUGCAGCAAAAAAGCACAUUGAUCAGAGCACCACCAUUCUUGAUGUUCAAGGAGUGGGACUGAAAAACUUCAACAAAGCUGCAAGGGAACUUAUUCAGGCUCUUCAAAAGAUCGAUGGUGACAAUUAUCCUGAGACUCUGUGCCGCAUGUACAUCAUUAACGCGGGAUCAGGUUUUAGACUCUUAUGGAACACUGUCAAAUCAUUCCUUGACCCCAAGACCACAGCAAAAAUUCAUGUUCUGGGUAACAAAUUUGAGAGCAAGUUGCUUGAAAUAAUUGAUGCUAGUGAGCUUCCAGAAUUUUUGGGUGGUAAAUGUACUUGUGCAAACAAAGGUGGUUGUCUGCGUUCUGAUAAGGGUCCAUGGAAUGAUCCGGAUAUAAUGAAGAUGGUUCAUAAUGGCGAAGCCAAAUGUUCAUCGAAGAUGAUUCCAACCAUUGAUGAGAAGACCAUCUCUGAGGAUGAGAGCGCAAACCGAAUGAGCAUGAAGAAAGGCAACUCUUUCAACACGAAACCAGUUUCAGACAUGGAUUCUCCCACGCUUCCGCGGGAGUAUAUAACACAUCCGCAACCACAACUCUAUCCCAUCCAUGAAGAAGCUUACAUGAGCAAAAACGACCAUGGUGCUUAUGGGCAUGACAAAUUUGUGCCAAUGGUUGACAAGGGUGUGGAUGCAACUUGGCCUAAAGCUACGCAAAAAGACACAUUUGCCCUUUCUAAAGAUUGUUUCCCCAUGCACGAUGCUUGUAAAACUCCUCAAGGAAUAAGCAAUCAGAUUAUGGCUGGGGUGAUGGCUUUUGUAAUGGGCAUCGUCACCAUGGUUCGGUUGACUCGCAACAUGCCGAGAAAGCUUACAGAUGCCACCCUCUAUGCCGAUUCCAUGUAUGGUGUUGAUGCCAUGAUCACUGUUCAAGCACAUCCCUGCAAGUUACAACCACCCACCAUCUCCACCGCCGAGUACUUGUCGAUGAUGAAGCGCAUGACGGAGCUAGAGGAGAAGUUCAGCGCUCUCAGCAACAAACCCGCCACAAUGCCACCUGAGCAGGAGGAAAUGCUGAACAAUGCUUUGAGUCGUGUUGAUGCCUUGGAGCAGGAGCUCUCAGCAACCAAAAAGGCUCUUGAAGAUUCCCUCAUUCGACAAGGAGAACUCCUAGCCUUCAUCGAGAAAAAGAAGAAGAAGAAGCAGAAGUUUUUCGCUUUUUGAAUGCAUAAUCAAUUUUGCUAUUAAGGUGAUCAGCAGCAGCGGAUGCACGAUCCUGGCAAAAAUUAAAAUAAAAAAUAAAAAUAAAAAAAAUAUAAAGCAUUUUGCAAUUGUAACAGGUAGGAGAUUGUGAUUUUCAGCCCCAUGUGUGUUUUGUAAAGUUCUUCUGUAACACCAAUUUUCAGUUCGGAGCUACUGUAUAAUACCCACUGUUUGCCAUUAUUUACACUUAUAUGUGUGUGUUUUGACUGUUAACGUAAGGCAAGGCCACAGGUUGUUUUCUCA